AUGGCAGAAGCAGCUCUCUUCAGCGUAGCGUCAGAAAUCAUCAAGAGAGUGGGCUCUUUGAUUGUGAAUGAGAUUGCAGAGCUCUGGGGAUUGAAGGAUGAGCUCAAGAAGCUAGUCGUCGUCGUCUCCACAAUCCGGAAUGUCCUUCUUGACGCGGAGGAGGCAUACGAGAAGAACCAUCAAGUCAAAAGUUGGCUCAUGGAGCUGAAACAAGUCAUGUACGAUGCUGACGACUUGCUAGACGAGUGCACGACUGAGGCCUUGAGAAGGCAGAUCUUGGUCAGCGGUGAUGCAGCCGAUAAGGGGGUAAUCAAGAAUUUCCAUCUCAUCUUUUCAAGCAUGAAGGAUUUCAUUCUUGCUAUCAAGACACGUCACAAGAUAAAAGGCAUUAGGGAAAGAUUAGAUCGUAUUGCGGCCAAUAGGAAGUUCCACUUAGCUGAGUACCCGUUUGAAACUCGGUUCGUGGUCAGGGAGAGAGAACAGACUCACUCAUUUGUCCGUGCUGAGGAGGUCAUAGGGAGGGAUGAUGAUAAAAUUGCAAUUCUAAAGUUCCUACUGAUACCUUCCAAUAUCCAGGAGAAUGUAUCCAUCAUUUCUAUAAUAGGGAUAGGUGGCUUAGGGAAAACAACAUUAGCACAAUUGGUGUGUAACGAUGAGCUGGUCAAGAAAAACUUUGAGAUCCAUAUGUGGGUUUGCAUCUCGGACGUUUUUGACGUAAAACUAAUCCUAGAGAAGAUGAUAAAGUCCGCUACCGACAAGGAUUUACCUCAAAAUAUGGAGAUAGACCAACUGCAGAAGCUCUUCCGGAGGGAAAUCGAGGGAAAGAAGUACAUGCUUGUCUUGGAUGACGUGUGGAAUGAAAUCCCUACAAAGUGGCUUGAUCUGAGGGGACUCCUGAUGCAAGAGGAAGCAAAAUUCUAA